AUGCUAGAUCCAAGAAACGACUUGCUUCCUCCUCCUUCAUCUCCCUCCAACUCCUCCGUCUCCUCCUCCGAUCUCGACACCGAGUCUACAGGCUCGUUCUUCCAUGAUCGGAGCACCACCUUGGGAACCCUCAUGGGAGUGAGUUUCCCGGCGAUAACAUUCCGAGCGCCGAGCCAGAGCCGCCGGGAGCUCCAGUCCGGCGGCGGCACCAGCGGCAGCGGCUCGAGGAAGACGAAGAAGCCGAAGAAGAAGAGCGCCGCGGCGGCGGUUGCCGGAGUGACGGAGAGGCGGCGGAGGUGGUGGAGGCUCUGCCGAGACGACGGGACCAAGCCGGCGUCGCUGGGGGAGUUUCUGGAAGUGGAGAGGCGGUUCGGCGACGCCGCGUUUUACAAUACGGCGGCGGAGCUUGAAGGGGUGAUGGUGCCGCAGCAGCCGAGGAAUGGAGGACAAAUGUUGUUUGCUGACGGGAGGGUUCUGCCGCCGUCGAAUGUGGACGACGGGGCUUCUUCGUCGACGGCCGGCGGGCUUUGUAGAUUUCCGGUUUCUCUCACUGCCAUCUGUAGUGGCGGUUUAGCGUAA